AGGUGGCCCGCCCCUCUUCUCUGGGUUGAGGAAGCAGGAAAAGGUGGCAGUGAGAGGCUUUGGGCAGACGUGCUGGGCAAUGGUGGCCGGAGCUCCUGUUAGGAUGGGCUUUCUCUGGGGCCUGGCUCUGCCCCUUUUCUUCUGCGAGGCUGGGGCCCCCAGGAGCUCUGCAGGCCCUAGCACCAGCAGACCAGACCCUUUGGUGACAACAAACCACAUAGAAGUGAGUACCAUGACUCCGGGGAUCAAGACAAGUUCACAGGGAGCCUUCCAGACGACUGACCUUGUUGAGACCUCCGUGCAAAGCCACAUCCCUUUGGAAACUCAAACCCUGAGCACCCAGACCUUUGAUAGGACCUUAAUCCUGGCCAGCACCAUUUCAGAUGCAGAGAUCAGGGAAACCAAGACCAUUUUUCCUGCAACAGAGACCAGGGCCUUCACAAAAAUGAUACCUUCCAAAUUCAUGGUUGUGAUCACCACUCCUAUGGAGGCAUCAGCCACAAGUGGCAGCCCCACAGGAACUGGAAUGACCACAGUUGAGACGGUUAUAGGCACCGAUCUCGUGGAAUCUGUCUUUGACACCCUUUAUACUGAUGACAGCUCAGAAGAGGCAAAGAGGAUCGUAAUUGACAUCUUGACAUUGGCUCACACCUCUGCAGAAGCCGAGGCCCUGACCUUGGAGAGCAGUGCCUUCUCUGACAGCUCAGUUAUGGCCAUUGCCACCUCACAGGCCCUGGCAUCUGACACCACUGUUCCGGCUAAAGCCUUGCUUGCCUACACCAUCACCGACACUGAGGUUACCAAUUGCAGCAUUGUAGAAAUAGAAACAACUGCCACCACUCCUGGGACCUUGGACACAGAUCAUGAUACCACAGGAGGAAAGGCCCUGUCAGCCUCUGAGGUGUCAGCUUUGCUUGAUUCCACCGAAUCAGAAUCAGACUUCACCAAGACCAUGAUAUCUGCUGAGACCGUGUCAGGAGCCAGAGGCACAGAACCAGUCAUGCUUGAUACCACAGUUGAGACCCCGCUACCUGUUAAUAGCACCAUAGAAGGAGAAAGAGCAGCAGCCAAGACCACCACCCCCAGCACAACUUUGGUGACACUCAGCACGAACCCCUUGGAAGAAACUUCAGCUUUCUCUAUUGAGACAAGUCACACGGAGGUCUCAGUUACAAUCUCCACAGGGACUGGGUCAACUGUGGGCAAAGUGGCUCCCCCUGCUGGACUCUCAGAUAGGGCCUACAGCCACACCCAAGCAACCACUAGCAAGAACUCCACCCCCUCAGAGACUUCAACCACAGACAGCACAACCAAUGGGUCCAUCCCCAUCAACAGAAACCCCUUUCCUUCUGUGCAUCCGACUGUGGCCAACAGCAGCCCAGAGGCAAAUAUCACCUUAGUCAAGACCACAGCCUUAGCAAAGACCUUGAAGACAGCCAGCAUGACUGAAUGGAAGCCCCCAACAGCCAUGCCCACCACUGCUCAGACAAGGUGGACCACAGAAGUUACUGCAGGUGGGGAUGGAGGCUUUUUCCUUCUGCGGCUGAGUGUGGCCUCUCCAGAAGACCUCACUGACCCUAGAGUGGCAGAGAGGCUGAUGCAGCAGCUCCUCCAUGAACUGCAUACUCACAUGCCUCCCAUCCAAGUGUCUCUGCUGCGUGUCAAGAAGGACUAAGGAACAUCAGCUGUGGCCAGGCAUGAUUGUGUGCCAAAGGGGGAAGUGCUGCUGGUGGUCUGGGCCCCCCAUAGACUAGAGCCAAGUUACUGUGCUGAGAUAUACCCGGGAGCUUCCCAGGAGGUCAGCUGGCCUAAGCCCUUUUCCCAGACCUGGCAGCAGGACCCUGACUCACAUAUGCCUGAGUGUGUGGGGGUCUGGGUGGGGGGUGUUCCAAAGAUGUUCUUGGACUUCCUUUGGCACAUGUGUUGUGUUUCAGUAAAGAGUGACUUGAUCACCCA